AUUUGAAAGAAACAGAAAAAAUGCACCGAUCGGUGAGCUGGAACCGAUUCUCCGAUGAAUACUACUCGUCCUCCUCCCCGUCGCCUGCGCUGUCAUCGACACCAAGCCAGGCGUUGCGAUUAACGUCGUCAUUUGACGGCAAUGAGCAGCCGACGAGUUAUCCAGCGGAGGAGAUGGUGAAGCGAGAGAAGGCGCGAGUCAAGUUCGCCGCAACUGCUGUUCAUGUGAUUCCUCUCGUCUUGGUUCUCUGCGCCAUUCUUCUGUGGUUCUUCUCCAAUCCAGAAAUAGAUGUGGGGAUGAGAUUGGAUCCAAUGGCAGCAAGAAUUGAAGGAUUGAACGUUGAGGGGGAAAUCGAGAGGGAAUUUGGUGGUGCCCAAAACGAAGCUCUCCCAAUCUUGGACUCAACUCCCUCUACCCUCAAAAUCAAGAGACUCUAUUAACCUCGUAUCAAAUAUUACGAUACU